CCAUAUGUUAAAGACCUCAUGACACCUAGAGACUACCUUUUUUUAUUUAGUCUAAAAUAACUUUUAUUUUCGAUUUGAAAUACAUAAUUGUGAUAAAUAUGCCCGGUUCUCUGUUAUUUUCGAAAUUUGUACGCAAGCCACUGAAAUCCACAGGCCAGUGUCUUGACAACGUUCCAACAUAAAGAUGACGUAUGCUCCGGAACGCUUUUAGACCUGAUUGCACCUGCUGCCACCCUUGACCUUGAUCAUUUCUAGUCACAGUAAGUCGUACUCGCAGUUUUAGCAUCUUUAAAGUUUUGUUCUUAAUAUUUUUGUUGAGAACAUGCCUGAGCGGUGUGUUGCAGCGUAUUGUUCAAACACCAGGGAGAACGGUUUUACCCUUCAUCGGUUUCCGAAAGACCCUGCUUUGUGUGAACUCUGGACGCAACAAGUUUGUAGGACAAGAGCUGGUCCGAAAGGAACAGUAUGGAAGCCAAGCUCGUCGUCUGUACUUUGCUCAGCGCAUUUUGAAGAGGAGUGCUACGACUCGAUCCCCGCUCUGAAGGAGCAGCUUGGUAUUGAUGUUCGUCUGAAGAAGGUUUUGCUGCCCAAUUCGGUUCCGCGUAUAUUUCAUCGAGGGACAAGCUCGAGGUUAGCCCCGGGGGCGAACGGCGACGUCAAGAGCCGGAGGUCUCAUGCUCUGGAGAAAAGGCAGAGAUUGGAGGUACUACAGGAAUGCCAGUCUGAGUAUGUUGCUGAAGAGGAAAGCGAUGACUUUCCUGACGGGGACCCAUCUACUGAUGUGAAUUCAACAGAAGAUCAGCACAGUGACUUUUCCGUUCAAGUGUGUCUGAGGCCACCAACAAGGACGGUGGCUAUGCAGUUCAAAGGAAGGGGACGGACUAAAGGUGUGCAGGCUACUACAUCAAUGGUCACUGUUGGGACUCAGACUGAGGAUGACUGCUUUUGCUUUCACAACACCGACAACUCAACCUCUUGUGGCUCUGACUCAGAUGACAACAUGUCGACAGAUGAUCCCGACUACAAGCUGCCGUCCUCUGAUGAUUCAGCUGAAGAGAGUCCUGAACACAAUACUCCACCAGUGCCGCCACCUGAGGCGCCAGCAGGUAGCGUUUUUCUUGUGUUCUGGGAAUGCCUGGUGACGCUGUUGUCAACAUGGUGCAGCUGUGGACUUUGUGGGAGCAGGUCACUGUCCUGGCAGUGUAAAGAAGUAGGAACACAGUUGCAGGUCACCAUCCAGUGCGGGGGAUGUGGGAACCAAGGACUAUGGAACAGUCAACCUUUCUUCGGCAGAACAGCAGCUGGGAAUGUGUUGUUGUCCGCUGCCAUUCUCUUCAGUGGGGCCACUGUCACCAAGGUGCUGCGUGUCCUAUCCAGAUUGGGCGUUGCUGUGAUGUCGGAAAGAUCGUUCUUCAGACAUCAGGACCAGGUGCUUUUCAAAGCUGUGAAGCGAGUUUGGGGCGAGCAGCAGUUUGCCAUGCUCUGUCUGCUACAGGCAGAAGGGGAACCCAUCGUGUGUGGUGGUGACGGGCGUGCCGACACCCCAGGGCAUUGCGCUAAGUACGGCACCUACUCAACAAUGGAGCUCCGGAAAACAGCUGUUAUUGACGUACAACUUGUACAGAGCAAUGAGGUUGGAGGGUCCUACCACAUGGAGAAAGUGGGACUGCAGCGAUCCCUUGAGAAAGUCCAGGGCUUUGUGGAUGUCGGAACUCUCGUGACAGACAGACACAUAGGCAUCAACAUGAUGAUUAGAGAGGACCAUCCAGACAUCACGCACCAGUUUGACAUAUGGCAUGUAGCCAAGAGUGUCAAGAAGAAGCUGCAGAGCCUUGGACAAACUAGAGGUUGCCAGGACCUCAAACCCUGGGUGGGAAGUAUUAUAAACCAUCUGUACUGGUCCGUGGUCUCGACGCCUCCUGGCAGUGGACAACUUGUGGUGGACAAAUGGACAUCAGUCAUCGAUCACAUCCACAACAGGCACACCGGGUUCGAGGGACUGUUCUCUUCUUGUGCGCACGGAGUCCUGGAAGGCAGGGAACAGCGUAAACCGUGGCUGAGUUGUCAUACGAAGGUGUCUAUUGAAGUGGAGAAGAUCAUCCGGAACAAGAGGCUGUGUGCAGAUAUACAACGCCUGUCCCCGUCACACCAGACAUCCUACCUCGAAGCAUUCCAUAGCGUGAUUACCCACUUUGCGCCAAAGAUGUGCCACUUUUCAUACAAAGGGAUGGAGAGCAGAGGGAUCCUGGCUGCUUUGCAUUUCAACGAGAAUGCCAACAGGGAGCAGCGGAGCAGACACGAUGGCGAGAUGAUGUUCAACCUGCGGUAUCCAAAGUAUAAGAAGGGCGGCUACAUUGUGAGGAAAGUCUUACAGGAGCCAUCUUUUGGCUAUGCUGAAGAGCUGAUGCGGAUGGUGGAGGCCAUGUGUCGAGGUGAGGACUACAACGGUGAUGACUUUGACAUCCCAGACCCGUCCCCUGUUACAGAGCCACUCAAUGCAUCAUUCGAAAAGCCGGAUAAGAGGGCAGCAGUCAAUGCACAUAUGACCCGCUUUAGCAUUACAAAUAACACCUAAAUGUACACAUGAGAACCGGACUGAAUGGAAUAAACACAAACUUAAUUUCA